UCAAUGCCCCUCCUUCCUUAACCGCCGUUUGCUUUCUUUCGUUCUUUCUGUAGCCUAACCCGGGAGGCGCCCCGCCAUGUGCAAAUCCAGCAAGAGUUCCCACGUGCUCCCCAUCACCUCCACGGUGGGGGUUGCCCGGGUCCUGCCCAGCGGGAAGGUCUACAGGCAGAUCUUCGACGACGAGAUCAACCUGGUGCAUGCUCUGGGGCGGGCUAGGAGCAAGAUCUCCCGGCAUAAAGUCCUUCCAGGAAAGAUCCCGUUGGUGAGAAAUUUGGAAAGAAGGACCACCUAUGGAUUCUUGUCCGAACGCCAGCAGACGUGGAUUGAGGCAAUGCCCAACGAUGAUCUCACUGAAAAUCCAGUGCAAUACAAGAAGGCUGUCGCUCUGGCACAUGCGAAGGCUAAAGAAAGCGAGAGCGUCAUUGCUGCGCGGGAAGUCAGAGGCCUUGCCGAUGUCAUAGUUUCAGAGAAAAGGACCAGCAAUAUUGUGGAGCGUAUCUACGAGAACAAAAAGUUGUGUUAUGAAGAAUAUGUGGCCCAGUUCAGGCAUGAACUAGCAUGCAUCGGGAAGGAAAUUGAAGAAUAUUAUGUGAAGCCUGGGAAAUUAUUGUUGACCCAGUUGCAGGAAUCCGACCAGAGUUUUGAAUCUUAUUUUCGUGCCUCUGAAAGUGAUAUCACUUUAAUCUCCUACGCCAUAGAGGACUUUGAGAAAAUGUGGGUCCUUCUCUUCCAAGAGAGCCAGCAAAGAAGGCAGUGGAUUCGAGAACUGGAUGAAGCUUUAUGCCAGGCCGAGGUGACCCGAGCGGAACGGAUCACAGUCGUAUUGAGCAAAUACACCAAGAUGCUGGAGGAUAUUUCUUACGUCUUAUCCUCGGAUGUCCACAGAUUCAUACACAAGGAAGCCAUGAUGAUCAACCAAGCUCUCCUGGCCAAUCGGAGGGCGAUCUCUAAGUUGUUCCUUAACCUGAUGGAGGCCGACCUGAAGAGGGAUUCCUCUUAUCGCUAUCAGCUGGAAGAGAGGAAGGAGGUCUGGAAAGGCGUGCAGAAGAAGCAUCUCAUUUCCAGUUUCCGAGAGUUUAUGGAAAGUGAAAGAAUACAGAACCCAAUUUCUGUGCAAAUGGAACUGGAGUCCAUGCUAGAAGAUCAGAGAAUUCUGGCCCAAAGAAGGAACGAGCAUUUAUUCUCCCUGGGCUCUUUGUUGCCUUUGGAGCAUACCAAGGCUGAAAUCAACGCAUGGUACGAGUCGCUGGUGGAUUUAAAUAAACAGAUAGACACUCACAACGUCCAGUCCAUGAUGAGAAUUCGCCUCAACUAUGAGAAGGUUUGCCAGGAGUGUUUGGAAAAACUCCAGGAAUGCAAGCAAAAACUGAUAGACUUGAAGAUUUGUACCCACAAAGAGGCCGAGAAGAUUGUAAACCCCAAUUUCUAUCAGUUAAUCGGGAUGCUGCAGGUUCAAUUUGAAGCCAAGAUAGAAAAGAUGGACGCUGAACUGGAACAGCUGGCUAAAAAUAGCGAAAUCAACUGCAGGCACCUCUAUCAGUACUUCCAAGAUGUCCUGGCCAUCUUUGAUGUCCACCAUUUGAAACUCACUAAUCAGGAAAGUGAUCUUCAGAAAGCUUUAAAAGAUUGUCGUAGCAAGCACGAAAAUAUGAACAAGCUAAGGGAAAUGAACCUGGACAUAGCAGUUGAUAAGCUCAGGAUGCAAAGCACCGAUGAGAAACUCAAGGCCUGUCUCGAGAAGGUUUAUUUUGCCUUGGACAUCAUUGGCAAUGGGUACUCCAUCUUCUAUCAAGACCUCGUGUCUAAAGUGAUCGUUUACCCACGCCGCGUUCGGCACGAGCUUCUUUCCUACAGCGCGGCCAUCAGUCGGUAUUUUUACGUCCUGGGCAGCUACAAAGGGAAGACCUUAAAGAAACCGGAAAGCUCAGCUGAAGGAAAAAGGGAAGAAGGAGAGAUAACGCAGGAGUCCCAGGAGAUCGAAGAAACAGAAGAGGCCAUGGAGAUUCUCCUGCAGAAAGAGAACGAGGAAGGGCUGCCUCCGGAGGAGGAGGACGCUGAAGGAGCCGAGCCUGUCGAAGUGGAGGAAGCGGACCAGGAGGAAGAGGAGGAAGGGGAAGAAACAGAGACCUCUGCUCGCCAGAGAGACGGGAACGGCGGCAGUGGAGUAGACAUAGAGAGCUCAGGGGAAGGGAGCACCUUGGGGCCCAAGACUCAAGACGCCUCCAAGCCAGAUCUGACAGAGGAUUCGGACAAGAGGUCCAAGCGAAAGGAUGUGAUUAUGGAAUUCUUCACCACGUCCAACGGAAACACCUACAAAGUGGUGGAGUACUUGAAGAAGUCCAAGCUCCGGAAACCAGAGAAAUAUUACCAGGGGAAACUGAAAAGCAGUUCUCUGCCUUACUACCUGGAGCAGGUGUACCUGUCAGAGGGUUUCUUCAGAGAUAUUAGAAGACACAUCCGACUCCAGUUCUUCGAGCACCUGGAGAAGUGGUUCGAUGACACCUUAUCCAGCACCUGGGUCAUCGGGGUGACCAAGAAGGAAGAGCUCAGCUCCGAGCUGCAGCUGCGCCUCCAUCUUCACGAGCCCCGGAAGGAACGCAUCGAGAAGGACAUUUACAACGUCAGGAUGGUGGAGUUACGGCUUCACAACGACCGCUUGAAGCGUCACUGCGCUGGCUUGAUCGAGGCGCUGAACAAGGAGCGGAGCGCCUUCAAUAAGAUCCGAGAAGACCACAACGCGGUCAGCAGAUCCUUCCGGACCCGGAUCCAAGACAUGGAGAGAGUCUUCCAGAUGGAAAGCCGGGCAGAAAAGGUGAUGGCCCUCAGCCGCAACCUCCACACGGAGUUGCUGAACCACGUGGAAGUACUCCAGGUCUCCAUGCGGAGUUACAGACAGUAUCUGGAGGAAGCCUUGGGCAAGCUGCGAGAUUCGAACACGGACUUCCUGAAAGCCUGCAGACUCUUCGCAGACGGUGGGAACUUUUCGCCCGAAGAGCUCGAGAUCUUCAUGAAGCAUCUGCAGAAGGAGAACUCGCGCAUCGAGUUUGUGGAAGGCUUGAUCAUGAUUGAUAUGGAGAAAGCAGAGACCGGCUACCUGGAGCAGGCUUCAGAAAUUAUCAGCAAGUUUGAGAACAGGUUUCGUUACCUGGCUAUGGAUCGAGUCUUCUUGGAGAGAAUCCAGCGGUUUCUGACCAAUAUUCAAGUGAAAAUCAAGACAGAGGUGGCGAAAUCCAACUGGCAGACCCAAACGUUGAAUAACUACUUGGAGAAGCUCGUCCAGAGGAUCGAUGCCUGCGCCCACCCUAAUGUGGACAAAGAAAGCAUGACUCCAGAAAGACUUUACGAGUUUACCAAGUUCGUCAUGGAAGAACUGAAGAAGAGAUGCAAAUAUCUCAACUGUCAACUCCGGAUCCCGGAACCAGACAUUGCUUCCUUGCCGGUCGUCUUCCUUCAAGACUCCUUGGUAAGCACCGCCCCAUCGGAUAUGUCCCUCCCGGAGAGCAAGGUCACCGUGAUGGGCAUGGAGUAUACGCCCGUCCUCAACCCGAGCAGGAUGGGGAAACCGGCCUUCGACGACGCCUCCUUCCACCUGAUCCGAAACCUCACCGGGUAUGUGCGUGGAAAAAAGAUGUUAGAGGCUCAGCACGAAAGGGAUGUGGCCGGAUUGCCUGGAACAGACCGAAGUGAAUUUCCCAACCAAGCUCUACAGCCCUUGUUUACUGCGGGGGGUCAUCGCGAGAGCCUUUCCUUGGGAACAGCCUACCUGCUGGCCAAGAAAUCGAGUUCCAUUACCAAAUUAUCAGGAAGCGGGAACUCCAUCCAAAAAUACACCCGACUUACAAAAGCCGACAGGAAGUUGCUGAUUUUCGGAGGCCAGCCAAAAGAGGGAGAAGCCGAUUACUUCACCGGCAUCAUCUUCAGUAUCCUGUGGGAUAAUUUUGACAACAUCAUGAACGUUGCUGAGGAGUUCUACAAAAAGGACAAGCAUCAGAUUACGAAGCCGGAGUGCCUCCAAGAAACCUACGACCUGUGCAUUGAUGCCCUGGGUCAGAAGAUGCUGACCUAUCUUUUCCAAUCCGACGAGUACCACAUUGCUUGCAUCUCUGAGUUCCGGGCCCAGCUGAAGACUUUCGAGGAAGAGCUUCCUCAGGUCAUCCGUCUGGCCAUCGGCAGAAUUCUAAAGGAUCACGAGCAGCUCCUCGCCGAAUCCACCGAACAGAUCCGGGGUCACCUGCAGGACCAGCUGAAGAAAUGGACCGCUAUAAAAGACAAAAACAUGGCCCAGUUGCACACCAGUUUGGGCCACCCGGAUAAUAUCCCGGUGCUGGAAGCCCUGUGCCAGAAGGAAGAGAAAAGGCAGGCCGAGCAAGUGGAGAGCAUCCUCAUCUGCACCAAGAGGCUGGAGGUGUGCGUCACAGAGUGCGCCCAGAAGUUUGUCUCUACCUUGGCCACUUGCACCGAGACCAUCCUGAUGGAGCUGGACAACAGCCUCACCAUCGACGACGUGCAAGUAGGAAAAACGGAAAAAGUCCGAGAGAAAACCAUCACUCUGAUCCGUCGUAAAAAAGCCGGCCUCUCCUUAGAAGUCGAAGAACGGAAACUCGUGGCCGAACGGGGCAGCAGAACCUGGCCUGGCAUCCCACAAACCACCAUUCCAAGUCUCGUGAAUCAGGUUAUCUUCCAAGAAACGGCCUCUGUGACCACAGCCAAAACUACGUUGGGCCACGUCGCUGCGGUGGAAGAGAGAGACGCCGUUUACACGAAAUUCAUGGAAACGCUCACGAUGGAGUUUUCCAGGAUCAAGGAGGAAAACUCGGCUCACCUCAUGAAAACCCAACACUGGGCCCAUUGGUGGAAGAAGUCUGUGCAGAAAAUCAAACAGCUCUACUUGUGAACCCAUUUGAAUCUCCUGCGAUCCUCGUCUCCUUCCCCUUCCCCCCACCCUUCCUUGUUUGUGUGAUAUAGACGUAUUAUUCAAAGCUGUAGGAAAAGUAAAAUGUUAAUCUGG